AUGCGGAGGACGCCCAUGGCCCAGCUGCCCCAGGAGAUUAAAGCUAAGCUGCUCCAUGAGCCUGAGAACAGAGUCAGAGGUGUAGCCGCUGGUGUGGACGCCGCUGGCACGGAGACCUCCCCCCCCCCCCCAUCGCAUACCUCAGUUUCUGCGGACGCUCUAGGAUACCUGCACUGCCUAAGAAGGAACACAAGGGGGCACUUGUGCAGCCCCAACCUUGUUUUGCAGGAACUCAGGACCCCACUCAGCAGCCUGCCUCAGCUUCCUCCCCACCUGCCCCCCUCCAAGCUGGCCCAUCCUGCAGAGCCCAGCCCCCACCUGAGGCCCCGGCUGCUUGGGCGGAUCCCGGUGCCUGCAGGAGGGUCAGGGGGGCCCAGGGGUCUGCACUGUUCCCCAGAUGGUCUGCUUUUCCUCACAGCUGGGGCUGACCCCUGUGUCCAUGUACUGGACCUGGAGGGAAGCUGUCUCUGUAGCUUGCACUGCCAUGUGCCAGGAGCCGGGAACUUUGUGCCGGAGGAUGUGGCCGUGACGGCUGCAGGGCUGGUAGUGGUCAGUGACCUCAUCCAUGGGGCUGUCCACGCACUCCAGCACACGACAAGGGCCCCCCAGGGCCACUGGGUGACAGUGGGCAGCUUCCCAGCUCCCCGGGGCCUGGCCGUGGAUGCCCUGGGCUGUGUCCUGGUGACUGACUACCUGGCUGGGGCUGUGCACAGCCUCACGGUAGGGCCCAGCUUGGAGAUGCAAACGCCCACCUCCCUGAUGGGUCUUCAGGGACCUUGCUGGGUGGGCCCAGGACCUGACGGGGGUCUGGCCGUGAGUGAGGAGUUUGGGGACGUGUGCCUAUUUGGUAGUGCCCGCCAGCCCCUGGGCCGAUUGGGGGCUCUGAGGGGCCAUGAAUUUGGUAGCCCAGCGGGUGUGUGCACCAAUGCCGAGGGCAGCCUCAUUGUAGCAGAUGAGCUGCGAUGCCAAGUGACCCUGUUCCCCCGGGCUGGGCCACCCAUCAGCCUGGUGUGUGAGGGGCUGGGUCGGCCUCAGGGGGUGGCCUGUACACCACAGGGCCAGCUUGUGGUGGCAGACUCAGGGGACGGCCACAUCAAGGUGUACCAGCUCCUCUAGGAGCUGGCAUGAUGUGGGGGAACUUGCCGGGUGGGUGGUGGGACCCUCUACCUGCAGAUACUCUGGGCUGCCACUGUCCCAUCUGGCUUCUGCCUUCCUCUUGGAGGGGCAGAGAGCCUCUCCCCCAUGCAUGUCACAGCUUGGGGCCUGUGCCCACUCCCAGCCUGCUGGCCAUGGGCCCAGGAGACCUGAGCUGACAGCAUCUUUAGGCAGGACCUCCCGCCAAAAGCCCCAGCCUCCUAAUCACUAGAAGGCAGGCAGGGUGGUGUGGCUGGGUGGGGUGGGCAGGCACGCCCUCUGUUCCCUCCUCUUGCCCUUCCUGGCCCCUGUGUGCCAGUGACCUACAGCAUCACUGGGCUUGAGGUAAGACUGAGGGUAUUGCCAUUGCUGGGGGGCAAGCCUCUGCCCCCAUGGCCAUCAGCUGUGUCUCUGCAGACCAAGCAGCCAAGCCACAGGGUUCUAGGAGAGUUUCAAGGGCUCCGGGAGAGCAGGCUUAGCUGCUGAGGGACAGUGGGGACAAGGUUGGUGCAGCCCUAAAUCCAGCAGGAGGCUGUGUCUUAGGCCUGGGGGCUCACCCUUUGUGAGUGUAGGGGGACUUAAAAAAAUUUUUUUUGGUAAGUUUUUAAAAAUCUUUAUUUAUUUAUUGGAUAGAGACAGCCAGAAUUCGAGAA